UUCUUUUAUAUUUUUCUUGAACGUGUAAAACGGAUUAUCCGCAGGCGAGAGACGGUUCCACCCUCAGCUCGCCGAGACAGCUUCCGCCGGAGUCGAGCGGCUUGCCGGUGACCAGCAACCGUUGACGAUUCAAGAGCAACCAUCAAGAAAGCAUCGACCCAUCAUUCCCCAAGAACAGCAAUCGACAGAUUCAACGGUCGAUGCGGUCCUGAGCCCCGAGUCUUGAGGGUCUUGCGAAGUAAAUGGCGGUCUCGUCGUCUCCCAUGUACUCCCCCCUCCACGCUAACGCCGGCAACUUCGACCUGUGCUUUUCGCCACCGCCUAGGCUUCUCCGGCUCGGCUCCACUUCCGGGCCCACAAUUAGACGAACUGAGUUCCUCGUUCUCGCUCGCAAAUCGGGCGGUGGGUUGGCGAGUGAGGACAAGAGGGAGUUGCUCGAACGCUAUGGUCUCGACCCUGAUGAAUUCUUGUCCGACCCUUCUCCUAACAAGGCAAGAAGGAGAAAAGAUAUGCAAGACACAGGACGAGGCAAAAGAACUCAGCAAGAGGAUUCGGCACCCCCACGGACCACUCAUAAGCUGCUUCAGGUACUUGGAGGGACGGCUCGAAGAAAGAAGUUGCUCUCGCCAAAGGGAAUGGAUGUGCGCCCUAUGAUGGAAGUGGUCAAAGCUGCAACUUUUUCUAUAUUACAGGCAGCCGGUGGCAGUCCUGCAUCUUUAAGGCCUGGUCGUUGGUUGGAUUUGUACAGUGGUACAGGAUCAGUUGGAAUUGAGGCCAUCAGCCGAGGUUGUUCUCAGGUUCACUUUGUUGAGAUGGAUCCGUGGGUUGUGUCAGAUGUCUUACGACCAAAUUUAGAAUGGACUGGGUUUCUUGAUGCUGCAGUUAUUCACAUGGUUCGUGUGGAAGAUUUUUUAGAAAGAGCAGAGCAAUUUGUUGGUAAAGAUGGUUCAUUUGACUACAUAAGCGUUACACCCCCUUAUAUGCAAGUCGACUAUGGAGUACUGAUGGACCAACUCUCUAAAUCACCAUUAGUGGGAGAAGAUUCUUUUGUUGUGGUGGAAUAUCCUCUAAGAACAAACAUGCUAGAUUCUUGUGGAUGCCUCAUAAAGAUAACUGAUCGACGGUUUGGCCGGACACAUUUGGCAAUUUAUGGGCCUAAGUGGUCCCAAAAAAAGAGGAAGUCGACUUAACUCUGGCUGAUAUCUGGAAGUGAUCCAGUGCUACUCCAUUACAGCAAAAUAUGUUGUUAAGCCAUUUGCUGUUGACAUCUAGAGUGUUCAGAAUGCCAUGACUGCUGACUGAUAUCCUAUUUACUCUUCCUCUUAAUUUUCAUCAUACUUCAUCAAGGCACGUUUCAGAUGCUUAUGGGAAGAGUCAUGGCAUUCUUGGCUGGCUUCAAAGUGAGUCUCAGAAGGGAAAGUCAAGUCCAUGUGCCUUGAGCUGAUUCUUGCAGAAUAGAUAGGACUUAGCAUUUACACAAUCUCUGUAUCACAGUACUGAGGAGUUUUUAUCUCUAUUUUUGCUCGAGCCACGGUACUCGGAUGAGAAAAAAUUGCUGGGUUUACUUUUCUUGCCUCGAGUCUACAGGCCAUCA